GUACCCUUGAGCUGUGGCCGCUAUCCAUCUUUCUCCUUACACCCCAUCACAAUCACAUCACCCACUACCAAAUCACUAAUCAACACCAAGCAUGUCGGAACAAGCUGGCGAGGCUGUACCUGCAGCUCAGAAAAGUAGCUGGACUAGCUUUUUGAAAUCGCUGGCUGGCUUCACGGGCGAUCUGUCGGCUAUGACUGCUCCUCCGUUUAUAUUAUCUCCUACGUCCCUUACUGAGUUCCCAGCCUACUGGUGUGAGCGACCUGAGUUGUUUGCUGCGAUUGCCGAUGGGAAGACGGAUCAAGCACGAGCGUUGGCUGUGUUGAAAUGGUUCAUCAGUACACUUAAAGGGCAAUACACAUCCCGGAACGAAUCAAUGGGGUCUGAGAAGAAGCCGUUGAAUCCUGUUCUUGGAGAACUCUUCUACGGAUAUUGGCCAGCGAACGCAGCUCGUGGAGGCAAAACCACCCUGGUCGUAGAACAAGUCUCCCACCACCCUCCUAUCACAGCUUAUCGCAUAGAGAACCUCGAAAAAGGUGUGAUUUUGACUGGACACAGUGCCCAAAAGACGAGUUUCAGCGGGGGAAGCAUCAUCGUGAAGCAAGUCGGACACGCAGUUCUGACUGUAUCUCUUCCGUCUGGUGAGACCGAGGAAUACCUGAUCACACUUCCUCGACUCCGUAUUGACGGGCUGUGGUUCGGAUCACCGUAUAUCGAGCUCGCAGAAACGAAUUACAUUCAAAGCUCUACCGGGUGGCUUUCUACGAUUGAAUACAAAGGCAAAGGCUAUUUCUCCGGCAAAUCACACACGUUCAAAGCAACGCUCACCCCGCCUUCACAUAUCCAUACCUCCCCCCACGUCAUCGAAGGGACGUGGCAUACAACGUCUAAAGAUUUGCAUAGCAGUGCUACGUUCCAUGAUGUCACCUCGCCGAAGGAGGAGAUUACGGUUGCGCCUAUGGAGGAGCAGGGGGAGUGGGAGAGCAGGAAGUUGUGGUAUGGUGUUGCGAAGGGUAUUAGGGAGGGUGAUUUUGAGAGUGCUGCGACGUUUAAAGGGAAGAUUGAGAACGAGCAAAGGCAGAGGAGACGGGACGAAUCUGCUGGUGGUACGACGUGGGAGUUGAAGCAUUUUAAACAUGUGGAACAUGAUCCUGUCUACGAACGUCUAGGCAAACUAUUCAAAGCGAACCCCCCAACAGAGGAUGGAUAUGUUUACCUCGGCAACGGUCCGCGCUCUGAGUCUUAGUUGUAGAUACCUGGCAAGUAUACCUCCAGACGUGCAGACGACCGCUGUCAGCCUAUAGAGCAUUGUUUGUACCUUUGGAUAUUCUAGAUUGGAUUGGACGUCUGGAUCGGUUGACGUUCUUGAUCUGAUAUAUUCUCCUAUUGUUCUUUCUAGUUAUCACAGAUAUGGACUUGAUUAAUUCACGUUUGGGCCAGUUGUGUGAGCGAUAGGGCAAUGAUUGAACGUUAUCGUAUCACAGAUACGGACUGAUCUAAUCCACAUUUCACUCGAUUGUUAGUUCACUG